GUACAUCUAGGAAGGAAAUAAAAAAAAAAAUUAAAAAAAAAACAAACAAACAAAAGAACAACCCUUUGAAUUCUUCAACAUCUCCCCUUCUCCAUCCCACAGUUUCCCCUCGUUUCCCUGCUCGCUCGCUGGCCUGAAACGAUUCUCACUUUCCCAACGCCGGCCUGAAUGACCUAAUCUCGGCGGUGUUCUUGUUGAUGGAGCUUUCUAUGGUAGGUACUCGUAUAAGAUUCUGGUACUUCAUCUUGGUCUCCUUCGUCGUAUGGAUUUUCCUCCUCGCCAUUUACUUCUCCGGCCACGACGGCGACGUCGUCAUUUCCAAACCAAUUAACAGCGAUGAAAAAUUCGCGGCGGAAAUCCCGAAUACGAGCGGGAUGGAAGAAACAGAGCAUCGAGGGGAAAUCCCCAAACUGUAUCCCGCCAAUGCCACCAUUGACAAUUUCUUCAUCGGUGGAGAGUGGGAUAAGUAUCUCCAACAGGUUGUCCUCCCAAAAACAGAGUCCGUGGACCCGAAUCCCAAAAUUGAUCAGGUUGUGGUAGAGAAACACCCAGAGCUGGAAAUCCCUUUAGAUCCAGGGGAUUCAUGCUCUGGAAAGUACAUCUACGUCCAUGAUCUCCCUACCCAUUUCAAUUCUGAUAUUCUAAAGCAUUGCCGGUCUCUGAGCAAGUGGAUGGACAUGUGCCCGUUCAUAUCAAACAUGGGUCUUGGCCCGCAACUACAGAGCUCCGAUAAGGUUGUCUCCAAUGAAGGAUGGUACGAGACCAACCAAUUCGUCGUCGAAGUGCUUUUCCACAAUCGGAUGAAGCAAUACAAGUGCCUGACUAACGACUCCUCGAAGGCGGCGGCGGUUUUCGUCCCGUAUUACGGAGGGCUCGAUGUGGUUCGGUACUUGUGGGAUAGCAAGCGUAUGAUGAGAGACCAUUACUCGAUGGCUUUGAUUCAGUGGAUUCGGGAGAAACCCGAGUGGAAGAGAAUGUGGGGGAGGGACCAUUUCAUGGUUGCAGGGAGGAUUAGUUGGGAUUUCAGGAGAUUGACGGAGAAAGACGACCAUUGGGGGAACAAGCUCAUGGUCCUCCCCGAAUCCAAGAACAUGACGAUGCUUACGAUCGAAUCGAGCCCCUGGAACGAGAACGAUUUCGCCAUCCCUUACCCGACGGAUUUCCAUCCUUCCAGCGACGCUCAGGUGUUCGAAUGGCAGCACAGGAUGAGGAAGAUCAGGCGGCGGACUCUGUUCUCGUUUGCUGGAGCACCAAGACCCAACCUGAAGAACUCGAUUCGCAGCGAGAUCAUCCAACAGUGUAAAUCCGCGAGGAGGAAGUGCCAGCUACUUGGAUGCCACCCGAGCUCCAAGAAAUGCGACGAUCCGAGUAACUUGCUGAAGAUGUUUCAGAGCUCGAUCUUCUGCCUCCAGCCGCCGGGGGAUUCGUAUACGCGACGAUCGACGUUCGAUUCGAUCCUGGCUGGGUGCAUUCCGGUGUUUUUCCAUCCGGGUUCAGCUUACGUUCAGUACCUGUGGCAUUUCCCCAAGGAUUUCACCAAGUAUUCGGUGUUCAUACCGGGGGACGAGGUGAAAGAAGGGAAGGCAAACAUAACGAGGAUCCUGUCGAGGAUCUCAAGGCGUAGGGUAGUGGCGAUGAGGGAGCAGGUGGUUCGGUUGAUACCGGGGAUUGUUUAUGCCGAUCCGAGGUCGAGCUUGGAGACAUUGGAGGAUGCAUUUGAUAUAACUGUGGAUGGGGUUUUGGAGAGAAUUGAUGGGAUUAGAAAGGAGAUGAUACAGGGGAAGAACCUGACAGUGUCUGAGGAGGAAGAGGAGAGCAACUGGAAGAAGACGAUGUUUGGGACGAUUGGGCCACAUCCUUGGGAUCAUUUCUUCAUAAGAGAAAGGGAAUGGAACCCUCAAUGAGAUUUUUUUCAGAUGAUAUAUAGUAGAAGAGCAUACUUGAAUUAUUAUUUAUGUUUUUGUAGUGUGUACAGGGAGAGGCAGAGAGGAUUUCUUUAAAUUAGAGAGCAACAUGUUUGGUUGACUUUUUUAGGUUACUGGGUUUUGUUUUCAUUUGGAAUUUUUUGGGUUUACUUGAUUACACAGUUUGGACAUGUUUUGUUGUGAAUGUGGGAAAUAUGCUUCGUAAUAGAAUUUGGAAUUUGUU